AUGUCCGGCGACGCCGCGGCGCACGUCCACAGCCUUGCCGCGCGGGCAAGGCUCCUGCGCGCGCUCCCGGGGCAGCUCUCCGCCGCGAGGCUCGCGCGCGGCGGCGGCGUCGCGGCGACGACGCGCGCGAUCGAUUCGCACCACCUCCUCGCCGCCGACGCCGCGCCGCCCGAGCUCUCGUCCUCCGGAGCCUCCUCCCGCGCGGAUCUCGCCGCGGUCGCCGCCGCGUCCUCCGCGCUGGACGAGUACGUCGCGCACCUCGAGAAGCUCCUGACGAAUCGCGCGAAGGGCGGCGGCGGCGGCGGCGGCGGCGGCGGCGAGGCCGCCGCGGCGUCGCUCCUCGCGCAGUGCGCGCGAGACGUCGUCCCCGCGCGAUUCGUCGCGUCCUUCGCGAGAUGGGCCGACGCGCUCCUCGGACGCGUCCUCGGCCCAAAGGCGUCCGCGGCGUCCGCGGCGUCCUCGGGCUCAUCCCUCGCGCCGCCGCCCACCGCGGCCGCGAUCGCCGCCCUUGACGCGCUCGCGACGAUCGUGACGCGCGCGGGCGCGAUGAUGGACGUGCCGGGCGUCAGGAAGGAGGCGGCGGCGAUCGUUCAGCGCGCGCAGCCGACGACGACGCGAUGGAUUCUCGACGCGUCCGCGGACGCCGCCGAGCAUCACGACGCCGACGCGCACCGCGUCGCCGCGGCGACGGCCGCGAUCGCGUUCGUGGGGGCCGCGCUGCUCGGCCACCCGGCGUCGCUGCGACCGAGAGCAGACGCCGUCGAGCGCGCGCUCGCGCGAUUUAUAUUCGUCGUCGACGCGCGGGCGUCCAUCUCCUCACACCAUUCAACCUCCGCGUGGGAGCGCGCCGUCGCCGCGCUCGCGGCGACGCCGCGCGCAGGCGCGGCGCCGGGGAUCGGCGUCGACGGCGGCGGCGGCGCGAACGCGGCGGACCCCGCCGCGGCGUGGAGCGCGCUCGCGCGGCGGGUCCUCGUCGACGUCCACGACUGCUUAGACGUCGCGCUCGUCGGCGUCGAGCCGGCGGGCGCGUCGAGCGCGGCGCGCGCGGUGUUGCUUCCCGCGGGGUCGCCGCGGCCGCCGAGGGUGGGCGCGUGGACGCAGCGCCGAGGCGGGGGGAGCGCGAAAGGCGAAGGAGAAGAAGACGGCGACGGCGGCGGCGACGGGACGGUCUCCCUUCGACCGCCCGCGGACGCGCCCGCCGCGCUUCGACGCGCGACCGCGCUCCUGCGCGUCCUGACGAAGAUGCUCUCCUCGCCGUUCCCCUCGGCGGCCGCGGCGCCGGUGCCCGCGGACCAGAUCUUCGCGGCGGCUCGGAGAGCGCUCGACGUCGACGGCGGCGGCGUCGCGUCCGCGCCGGGGCUUCCGAUCGUCGCGUGUCAGGUGGAAGUCUUGGGCGCGCUCCCGGAGCUGCACGCGCGCGCGUGCGAGGUGGUCGGCGCGCUGCUCGAGUGCGGCGGCGUCGCGUGCGCGCGGCUCGCGGGGCCGACCGCGCGCGUGCUGGCCGACGCGUUGAGGCGCGGCGGCGGCGGAGGGCGCGCGGGGACGUGCGCGGGGACGCGCUCGGCGCUGUACGCGACGGCGGCAGCGGCGACCAGGGGUUUGGGGGCCGCCGCCGCCGGCGGCGACCUCGUGAGCGCGGUGGUGCCGUACGCGGCGUUGGACGCGGUCAGAGGGUUCGGCGGUCGCGGCGGCGGAGAGUCCUUCGAACGUGGAGGAUCCGACGACGCCGCGUCGCGCUCCGUCGGACAAAAGAAAACUAAACGCAGAGGCAAAGGCGGCGCGUGGGGCCAGGCUGGCGCGGACGAGAUGGAGGCUUUCCUCGCGUCGUCCGGCGGCGGCUACGCGCUCGCGAGGAGAGGGGGAUCCCUCGCCGGCGGCGCCUUCGGCGUCGCGUCGUGCGUCGUCCGCGCGGCGGCGUUAGAGUACCUCGAGACGGCGUUGACCGUCGCGGGCGCGUCGCUCCCUCCGAAGACGCGGAGCCUGUGCGACGCCGCCGCGGCUGAGUCCGCGAGCGAGCACGUCCUCGCGUUCUCUUCGAGCGCGCCGCACACGAGCGCGGUGGUCGCGGAGGCGAACGAGCCGCACGCGCUGCGCGCCAGGGAGCGAAGCUACGCGUGUCUCCUCGCGUCGGUGUUGUCGCCGCGCGCGUUUCGGUCGCCGAAUCUGCCGCUCGCGGUUUCAGUCUUCCGCGUCGCGCGGACGAAGGACGUCGCGUGCCGCGGGUUCGCGCUGCGCGCGGGGGCCGCGAUCGACGCAGUGAUGCAUCCGUGCGCGCCGCCGCUGCAUUCGCGCGCGAUCGCGCCGCCGAUGGCGACGAUCCGAGGAGAAGAAGCGACUUUGGACGGGGUCGGGAUCGGCGGCGGCGGCGGCGGCGGCGGCGGCGGCGGCGGCGCGAGGGAGGUGGUGAACUGGGGCGACGCCGCGCCGACGUGGGGGGACGAGGAGCCCGCGACCGCGCCGGCGGCGACGUCGAAGGAGUUGGGCGCCGAGGAAGAGGCGGAGUCGGAGGAGGAGGAGGAGAAGGAGGAGGAGGAGGAGGAAGAAGAAGUGGAUGCGAAGACGACGGAGACGACGGAAGCGCCGGCUGAUGCGGCGAAGUCGACGGGCGCGCGCGACGACGCGUCGAAACCGUUCUGGGCGCGCGCGGCGGAGCGGCGGCUGCGGGAGGCGGACCACUCGGACGACGACGACGCGCCGUCGGCGCCGCCGCCGCCGGCGGCGGCGGCGACGACGCGGUCGACGCGGAGAGGCGCGGCGGCGGCGUCGCCGCCGGCGGCGGCGAAGGCGCCGCCGUCGAAGCGCCGCAAGACGGAGGCUCCCGCGCCCGCGCCCGCGGCGCCCGCGGCGAGCGUCGAGCCCGCCGCCGCCGCGCCCCCGCGCGUCGGGCUCGGCACCGGGAAGGCCGCGGUCGCGGUGCAGCUGUCGGACGACGACAGCGACGGCGAGCUUCCGGACAUCGUCGACGAGGACGACGAGUAG